AUGCGGCGAUGGCCCAUCAUUGCGAAGAGAAUCCUACCGAGACGCAAGAUGCGGACGGAUCUCUCAUCGAUGUCAUCAAUUGCGUUUGAAGAAUGUUUUUUGCUUCAACACGAGUUAUCCAGUGGGCCAAAUCUUUUUUUUAUUGGCGGUGAUGGUUCAUUUUUGACUCCUUCAAACUGUUAUUAUCCUUUUAUCGUUGCUACGCUACAUCAAAGUAAGUAUUCUUCUGACACUGUGGAGUUUCUUUGGCCUUUAUUGAUAUUGACGCUACACACUACCGAUGUUUCUCUUAGUUUAUCAGAGGCACAUCUUUUUAGUGGUACUUCUGUUAUGGGAUACCAUUGUGCUCGAAGUGUUGUUGAUAGACUUAAAAGACUUUCUUCAACGAUGUCUUUCCACGAGGAUUUUACAUGCAUGCGGUUGGUGAUGUCGCUUGUGGCUUCCCCUUUAUGUUUGGAUGACUCCCUUUUGGUUGAAAUAAGAAAUUUUCAUCGCCCCAUUCCGGGCUAUAUUUUGCGGUUGAUAUUGUCGUUGUCUGCCACCCCCUCCAUUCUUGAUUAUAUCAUGGAUUGCGAGUUGAGAAAAUACUCUGGAAAAGGCAUUGGUCCCGGUCCUUUUUUUGACUGCUUGAGUGGGCUCUUGUGCAAUGAUCAUUUCUUUUCGUCUGUUCACUUCCAAGAAAUGCAUGCCAUUGCGAUGAAUAUCGUAAAUAACAUUGGUCCAUCCUUUGACUUUUUAUCAAUUCAAUGGACACCUUUACUGAGCAAGUUAAGUCGUGUUUAUAUGCGGCAAUACGAAGGGGAGUCUCUUGCCAUUUUGCACUUUAAACUUCUUGAAAUGGUACCUGCUUUGGAAACUAAAAUGCCACUGGCGUAUCUUGUUAGAGUUUUAGGUAGCCUGGUCGACGUAUGCGCAGAGAAGGAAGAUACGCGUAGUCUGUGGCGCACAAUAAUUGACGUAGCAUCCCUUGCUGUACGACUUCAUGGCAACUCACAGGGAGGCCUUCAAUCUAUAUGGAGGCCAUUCUUUAAAGCGGCUGUGACGUCCAAACCAACUUAUUUGAAUUACGAACGAGUUCUCGAAGCUUAUCAUGUUUGUGCAUUUCAAGGGAAUCCAUUAACAUUGGAUAGAGCGGCCUUUUCUCAGGUUGUUCGUUUUUUGGUUGGCUCUAUAAACCAUCUUUCUCUGGAGGAGACAUCUGCUUCCAUGCGUAAUUUUUAUUGUUUUUUGAAGGAGCAUCCAAGUGUCAAUUUUUUGUGGGUCUUGGACAGUCUUCUAAGCUUAUUGAGUGAAAUAUGGAAAAUUCAUGGGGAAAUUGCAUCCGUUAUUGUACAGGAAUUUAUUAAGGCCCUCCAAGAUGAUUAUUUCCCUUCCAUGCGUUUGAGUGGGGUGCAACUUUGUGAUAAUCCACAAAUCCGUCCUUUGCUAGAAAAGUUUUGCGUUGUAAAUAAGACGGAGUUUUGGUGGGAAUGCGGUUGUGGAACGCAAAUUCCGGCUUCUGCAAAAAAGUGUUUAAUGUGCUUGCGAAAACGCAAUGCGGCUUGGACCUGUGUUACAUGUGGGGCGGAGUACAGAGGUACAGAUGUAGAAAAGAGUUGUAUAUGCGGUUCAGAAAAUCCACGACGACUCAAAGCAGCUAGCAUGGGUCUUGAAUUGUGUAUGAACUGUGGUGAUGUAGUAUUAUCUUCUAGUGGGUGCAUCAAAUGUGGGAAUAAAUAUUGUGAGGAAAUUGCAUCAAGGGAGUGCUCUUUUUGUGGAAAAUCAUACAGUCAACGAGCAGUCUGUUGUCCGUUAUGCUAUGCGGCGAAUGAAGACAAGAAACCCCUUUUAUGGCGUUGUGAUGAAUGUGAGGAGUAUAAUCACUGGACAUGGUCCAAAUGCCAACGGUGUCCUGGAAGACGAAGAGUUGGCUGCAUCGUUACACCACUGGAGCCGUGGGUAUGUGGAUGUCGUAGGCGAAAUCAUCCUUGCAUCACUGGCUGUGAAACAUGCUCCCGUGCCAUUUAUGGUGCAUAUACGUGCAAUUUCUGCAAAUCUGUCUCAAUUAAACAUUCAGUUUUCUAUUUGACUCUACAAUCCAUAAAGAUGCGUGUGAUUGCGUGUCAACAUUGUGGUCAUAUUCACCCACGGGAUCAAAACGUUCUUUGCUCUCCAUACCUUCAACGUCAAUGUCAUCAGUGCGGAAAAAAAUACCUUCGAUCGAAUCUGCCUUUGGAUAGCCACUGUGAGUUUUGUAAUGCAUUUCUUUGUUACAAUGAACUGAAUCCUUUUAAGUGUAAUUCUUGUGAAUCUAAAAUCCUACAGACCGGCUUUCACUGUGUCUCUUGUUUGACCCCACGAUCAGACUUACAGUUUGAUGAUGUUUACGUCUGGAAGUGCAGUCAAGAAAUCUUGUCUCAGAGAGCGCUUGUAAGUUCCCAUGUCUGCGGCCAUUGGAAUUAUAGUUGGCUGAGUCAGUGUCGUUUUUGUGGUGGGGGGCGUGCGCAAAGUGUGUAUGAGAGCAGAGUACGGUGUUCUUCAUGGGUAUGCACUGAAUGUCUUCAUCAGAAUUUACCCACAGAUGUUUUUUUCUGUUCACGAUGUAACACAGGGCUUCAGUUGGUAGAGAACUGUUUCAUUUGCGGUGUCCCUCACCUAAAUUUGACAUGUGCCCCAAAUAUUUUGGUUGAUACAUUAUGA